AUGACGAACGCAACUUGGGACUACGACGGCUUGAGAGUCACCAUGACUUCUACCUUCGACUGGCGUUGGAGUGACUCUGGUAGUGGUGGUAAAAGAAACGGUACAUUUUUCCACCCGCGCGCUCAAGGAAACUUGUGUGCACUAGGAAGUUACGGCAAUCCCGCCUACGGAGAGAUUACAGGCAAAAAGUCUGUUUUACUCGUUGGGCCAAGUCCCAACGCACCUGCUGGGCGCUCCCCAGCAGUUGCAAGACCAACAAGCUACACAAACAUGUGGAGCGAUGGUGGUUCUGGCGGAGAUAAUGAUGGUACUAUGUGGCGACCUGUAGCUCCGUCUGGAUACGUAGCAAUGGGAGAUGUCAUGGCUUCAGGGUAUGGGAAACAACCCAGCCUUAACGACGUCUGGUGCUUGCGUUCAGAUCUCACACGGCUAUCUACUUAUGAGGCAAGCGACUUUUGGAACGAUGGAUCAUCUGGAGCUGACCGCAACUGCUCAACCUGGAAAAUUGUCACCGAAACCAACGGUAUUGAUGGUUCUGAAUAUCUUCCUAUACCUCCUUAUACUUUCCGUGUCUCGCAAAACUAUGGCAGGGCCGAUACGAGUUAUGCCGUCGUGCCGCUUCUCCGAGUUCCCAAUGCUUUUAAAAGGUUUGAUUUUCCUUUACCGACUGUUACGAAAACAACCAUCCCUAGCACUGGCGACCAAUUUGGCCAGAAAGAACAGUGCUCUGCGGUGUUGCCUUUCAUAUUUUAUCUUCCGAACGACAGCGCCUGGAAUCUUGCUAGGAUCUCUAAGCCUUUCUAUACUGUUAGUCGAGAAAUCGCGUGGCAUGUCGAGGGGGUAUGGAACAAUGACAGCCCAGGUGACUUCAACCGUUCAAAGACCAUCAAAUGGGGGAUAAGCAAGACUCAAAGCGAAGAGAUGGUGCACUCAGCUGGAGUUUCCGUCUCGGCUUCAUACGGUAUCAAAGGUUUCGAAAGUAGUGUUACACUUAAUUACCAAUUCACUCAAACUACUUCAAAAUCUUUUACCGAAUACCAGGAAGCAGAAACCACCGAGUCAUUCGUUGUUCCUGAAAAAGCAGUGAAAGUCUUGUUCAGCAAACACAUUUGGUUGAAAGCUAAAGCUGGUGAUGGCACCCUUGCCAGUCAGGUAGAGAUGGUUGCUAAUAACGAUAUACACUUUGGUGGUUGUGACUUAAGCUAA